UUUCCCCUGCAGGGUCAGCCAUGCUAGGGGCAAGGCCCAUCUUUGCCGCCUCCACCCUUCAGCUCCCCUUCCUCCUCCUUUUCUUGACCGGAGUCGCUCCCCAGUGCCAGAUCAGCACAGCCGAUGAAUGCGAGGAGAAAAAUGACUUUGUGCCUGGUUACGGCUUGGCCGGGGAAGGCUUUGACAUCACCACGCUGGAGAAGAAGGAGGCCAAGGUGUUGGAUCUGAAUCGGUGGCAGAGGGCGGAUGGCACCUGCACCCUGUGCCGGAACCCUCUUCUGGAGGGGAGGCCUCUCCAGAGACUUCCCUUGGCGGCCACUGACUGGGCAGCUAAAGUUAUGUGUCAGAAGAACGUCCACACUUCCCUACAGAGCUCCGACAUCGGAGUGGUUCAGGGAGCAGCAUCUGAUGUGCGUAAUGACUGGAAGGCUGGACUGGACGUAGAGGCGAAACCUGGGAAUCGGGUCCAAGUGUCUCUGGCGGGAUCCCACUCAAAGAUGGCUGACUUCACCAUGGAGAAGAGUAACCAAGACAAGUACAGUUUUGCAAGCCACGAGGUCUCCUGCUCUUACUACAGCUUCCGUAUCAGCCAACAUAUACUCACCAAGCAUUUCAAGCAUGCCCUGAAGCGUCUCCCUGCCAAGUACCAACCCGAGUCCCAGCUGGAAUAUCGCCAGCUCAUCGGAAUCUAUGGGACCCAUUUCAUCAACCAUCUUCGCUUGGGGGGACGCAUGAGGGACGUGACAGCACUGCGGGUCUGUGAGACAGUGUUGGAUGGGGUGACAGCGGAUGAAGUCAAGGACUGUCUAAGCCUUGAGGCCACAGCCAACAUUGGAGGUGGCAGAGGAAGUCUCAGUGCAGCCUACAGUGCAUGUGAAGAGCUGAAGAAGAAAAAGACUUUUAAAGGGAGCUUCCACCAGACCUACAAUGAGCGUUACACUGAGGUUGUGGGAGGGGACAAACACACCGACUUGCUUUUUUCCAACGAUCAGAACACCGAAGCUUACAGGGAGUGGUUGGAAGGCCUCAGGUCUAUGCCAGCCCUCCUCUCUUACUCCCUGCAGCCCAUCCACACCUUGGUGCCCAAGGGCGACCCAAAGCGGGAAGGGUUGCGGCAGGCAGUGAGCGAGUACAUCAGAGAAAGGGCCCUUUGGAGGAACUGCACCCAGCCGUGUCCUCCUGGCACUCAACGCAGUGCUCGGGACCCCUGCUCCUGCGUGUGCCCCAGCGACAGCACCACUAACACCAUGUGCUGCUCCCGGGAGCGAGGCCAGAGCAAGCUGACGGUGACGAUACAACGUGCCUAUGAUCUCUGGGGAGACUAUUCCACACAGACGGAUGCCUACGUCACGGUGUCUUUCCAAGAGAUUAAGAGCCAGACAUCCACGGUGUGGAAUAAUAACAACCCAGUAUGGAUGACCCACUUGGAUCUGGGGCACAUCCAGGGCUUGGGAGAGACCAGCCAGCUCCGAAUUCAAGUCUGGGAUGAAGACAACCGUUAUGAUGAUGAUCUUCUGGGGUCAUGUGACCGAACUCCCAGGUCUGGGAAACCUCAUAGCGAGGUCUGCUACUUUGAUCACGGGCGCCUUGAUUUUCAGUAUCAUUUGGAAUGUGGCCCCUUCCUGGGGGGCCCCUACUGCUUGGAUUAUGUCCCUCAGCAGCCCAACGAGGGUGCCUUGUUACAGCGUGGUGCAAAGUGAAAUCCAUGAUAUAAACAGGCUGCCUGAGGGGAUAAAAUACAGGGUUUGUUCAAACAAGCUUUUGGAUAUUCAUGGUACUGCUUAUUUUUAAAGCAUGCCCUGGGUUUCUUCCUGUAAGCCAGUGUUUCUCAACCUUGGCAACUUUAAGAUAUGUGGACUUCAACUCCCAGAAUACCACAGCCAGCAAGUCCACACAUCUUAAAGUUGCCAAGGUUGA